CGGCGGAGAGCGGAGCGCGCCUCCAGACCCGACAGAGGGACUCCACCGGUGGCUCACACAGGGUCACUCGAUGCGCCACUCAUGCGUAACGCACACUGGCCACCUCUCCAGAGCGCUUUACAAACAGAAUGAAAACAGCAUAAAACCGAACGGGAGCCGAGCUCUGCAGCUAAAAAUAUGAUUUUUAGUGUCUGAUUUCGAGGGAGGACAGAAACAGAGGAGGCUGGAGGACACCUGUCUCUAAUCAGGACCAGAGAGACAUCUCCUGUUACAGAAAGUCAUUUUUCAUUUUUUAAAAUAACAAAUAAAAGUGAAAAUCAGGGGAAUAUGAAGACUAAAUGGCUGUAAAGCAAACAACAAUCGAAGUACUGUGUUAGGAGAGCUUUAGCACCAAGAGCCCUCAGCAUUUCCAUUUGAAGAGAAGUCCUCUGGAGUGAAGUCUGCAUAUUUUUAAAGUCAAGAGGAGGUAAGAGCACAAGUUGGAUUCUGAGAUGAAAAGAUGUGAAAUUGCUGCCAGUAAACUAAGCAGAGGAUCACUUGUGAUGAAAUAAGCGCCGAUCCUCCAUCAGCCUGACCUUUUCUCCUGCUCUACAACUCAUGCUUUUUUUGUUGACUGAUGAGGGAAGAUGUUAGAAACUGAGCUUCGAUUCAACUCUACUUUUUAAAAAUCUUUUUUCCUUUUAAAAAUGCUACCUGUGAAAAAAACCUUGAUCUGAACUCGUACAUCCGUGGAAACAUGAUGGAAAACGUGACCCAUCCCAGAGGAGAACUGCCGGUUUGCAACGACUCGGUGGACUCGUCGGGGAACAGCUCCGACCUGAACUGCAUCAUUCCGUACUUCGACGCCGACCUCUACAUCAUCCUGCCAAUCAUCUACUCUGUGAUCUGCGCGGUGGGACUGACGGGCAACAUGGCUGUCAUAUACGUCAUCCUCAAAGCCCCGAAGAUGAAAACGGUCACCAACAUGUUCAUCCUGAACUUGGCCAUUGCAGAUGACUUGUUCACCCUGGUGUUGCCGAUCAGUAUAGCUGACCAUCUGCUGAACUACUGGCCGUUUGGCGAAGUUCUGUGCAAAGUCAUCCUCAGCAUUGACCACUACAACAUAUUCUCCAGCAUCUACUUUCUGACGGUUAUGAGCAUUGAUCGCUAUCUGGUUGUCUGGGCAACGGUCAGUUCCAAGCGCAUGCCGUACCGCACCUACAGAGCCGCCAAAAUCAUCUCGUUUUGCGUCUGGCUCCUCGUCAUCUUCAUCGUCAUGCCCUUCACCGUUUUCGCCGGAGUCUACGUGAAUCCACACGACGGCAGGAAGAGCUGCGUGCUGCUCCUGCCGAUGCCGGAGGCUCUGUGGGUCAAAAUGAGCCGGAUCUACACGCUCAUUCUGGGCUUCGCCAUUCCAGUCUCAACCAUCUGCAUUUUGUACACCAUGAUGCUCUACAAGUUGCGGAACAUGAGGCUGAACAGCAACGCCAAGGCUCUGGACAAGGCCAAGAAGAAGGUCACCAUCAUGGUCUUCAUCGUGGUGGCCGUGUGCUUGUUCUGCUGGACGCCGUACCACCUGAGCACCAUUGUGGUUCUGACAACGGACCUGAGCAGCACGCCCCUGGUGAUCGGGAUCUCCUACUUCAUAACCAGCCUGAGCUACGCCAACUCCUGUCUCAACCCGUUCCUGUACGCCUUCCUGGACGACAGCUUCACAAAAGCUUUUAAAAAGAUGAUGGAAUGCAGACCGGCCUGAAUGUGGGAGACGUUGGACCUGACACUGAACUCUGCGCUGUCUUUUUUAAGGCUAGGAGGCAAAGAGUGGGGGUGUAAUGAUAACGAUGGACUUUUGGUUUUUGUUGCUAUUUAAAAUUGCAGUAAAUUUGUUGAAGCUGUCAGGAUGUUAUGAGACAGAUAACCUGAAAAAAUCUAUCUCCUUCGCUGUCUCCCAGUGCUAGCUAUGUUGAGUCUUAGUGUUGUCAAUCAUGCCCAUGUGUGCACCACCCACUUACCUCCCCCUUGCUCUCUGUGUCGCCCUGUCAGCGCAGCCUGUCAUGAAUGCUAAGGCUAAUUAGCAUGGCUGCUGAUGAGGGUUUUCCUGUUAUGGCGAGUUGUUUCACCGCCAUUAGCAAAUUUAGCAGCACUACAAGAGGAUGAUUGACAACACUAAGACCCUCCUCCUGGCUCUGAUUGGUUGUUUUUGGUGCAUUUCUUCAGAUGGCAGCAGCAGCUCAGGGAGGAGGAGAAGGAUGUUGAUCUUUUCACACUGUGUCUCUGCACAAAGUUUCAUUUGGUAAAAAACAAGAAAAAAGUCGUUCUGGAAUAACGAACAAAAUUUCAUUAGAUAAAUCGUAAGAAGCAGAGAGAACAAACAUCUGUUAUUCUUCAUGAAAAGCUGUUUGGCUUCUCCACUUCUGUUAUUCAAGAUUAUUCUAGAGGUAAACGUGGAAACAAAUUAAGGAAUUUGUCAUUUCAGCGACACAUUUCUCUGUUAAGACCAGUCACACUUUGCCCCGUGUAGCUUUUAUGGAAGUUAUCACACAGUGGGAAAUAUUGUAUUAAUAAGAUAAUGACAAAAGCAUCAAGAAAGAAAACUCCAUGUUAUUUAUGACUGUAAAUGAUGGAUGCCAGAACUGGUCACCUGUACUGGACACUGUCUGCUCUAAUGGGACUAAAGAAGAACUUUUAAGGGUCAAACGUGAUCAGUCACAGUUGGAAGGUAGCAUGAUGAGAGUUUUAUUUUCACAACUUUUGUGUUUGAAUUACUUGAUUGUAUAUGCAAAGAAACUGAAUUUUGCUUUUCACAGAGCCGUGUUAGUGCAGAUGCUAACAUUCAGGUUUUGACUUUCAACAAAUGGGAUAAAAACAGGAAAAAUUAGGAGAAAAUAACUCAGCAUUUCUAAAAGAUCAGUGGAUUUUCCCAGCGUGUGUGUGUGUGUGUGUGUGUGUGUGUUUAUCCCUCAUGUGAAUUGUUUUUUGUAACUCAGAAAUGCACCUUACCGACCUGGCAGCCGUACUGUAAGCCUAACAUACAACAGGCAUGGGGCAGGAGGGCUAUUUCAACUUUUGUCUGUUUCUCUGCACAGAUUGUUGUGUUGGUGAGCUUUUGCUGCCCCCUGUUGCUGACAGGUGGUAUAACCUAAAAUGCAGCGGAGCCAUUUGUUGAGAAGCCUUUUGCCAAGUCAGUAGGUGCCAUGUGUCUUUCUAUUACCACUUCAUUGCUAAUAUCAUUAGUAACAUCAGUAAUACUAUUAGUUAUUACUCUAACACAUCAUUUAUUUGGAGCCAGAGCUGUCUAUACAGUUUGAUGUACAUAAGUAAAUACCAGAAUUAGAGUUUUAAGAAAUAAAGGUAAUUUAGUAUCAGUUAAAUCAGGGAGUGCCUGUAAAAUCCCAGAAUUGUCCAACAGAGUAUGGAGACCAGGGCUCUGACUGCAUCAACAAACGAAUAAAUACUGUAAAUAGAUUAGCCUUUUUUGUAUUUAUCUGUACAGAAGAAUGUAUAGUCAUAGUAUUAUAUAAUUAUAAAAAUCCUAAUGAAAUAUUCUGCUUAAAGUGGCGUCACAUGAAUGAAAACUUAUCUGAGUUUGCAGUCAUGAGUCAUUAUUUAAUGCAUACUGUAAGAAGAGUCACAGUGCAUUAUUUGAAAUGUUUAUGUUGGAGCUUUCUUUAGUUCCUAAACACUUAAGAAAUAUAACUUUAUUUUCCCAGUUGCAAUCAUGUAUUUUUGGAUUUUGAAUCAUGUAUUUUUUGGAAUCAUCAGAACUGCGCAGAAAGAUUUGAUUUUUAUAAUUCCAGUGUAUAAUAAAACAACAUGCAUAACACGUUG